AUGCCUUCUCCUUUGGCAGAUUCAGUCAAACUCCCUUGCGGGCUCGUCUUCCCCAACCGCCUCUCCAAGGCCGCAAUGGCCGAGUUGAUGGCCAAAACCAACCAGCCCAACGACAGCCUAAACGAUGCCUACGAGCAAUGGUCGCAGGGCGGCUGGGGCAGCAUCCUGACAGGAAACGUCCAAGUCGACGUAGACCACCUGGGCAGCCCUUUCGACCCGGCGCUGCACGGCGAGUACACGGGUGACGACAAGACCGUCGUCAAGGAGUGGAAGAAGUACGCAGACGCUUGUCAGAAACACGGCACCCCCGCCCUUGUUCAAAUCUGCCACCCCGGUCGCCAGUCCUUCCGCCCAGCCGGACGGCGCGGUUUCUUCGCGCAAACUAUUGCACCCAGCGAAGUCCCCAUGAACAUAGGCAAUGGCCUUCUCGAGCAGCUAAUCGCAUGCGUGGCAUGGUCCCAACCCCGCGAAAUGACUCGCGGCGACAUCGAAAAAGCAAUCCGCUGCUUCGUCGACACAGCACGCCUAAUGGCCGACGCCGGAUUCUCGGGAGUCGAGCUACACGGCGCCCACGGCUACCUAAUAGACCAAUUCCUUAACAGCAAAACAAAUCUCCGCACUGACGAGUACGGCGGCACCCCCACCAAACGCGCGCGAUUCGUCCUCGACAUCCUGCGCGAAAUCCGCAAAGUAGUCCCGCCGACAUUCGCAAUCGGCAUCAAACUCAACUCCGCAGACCACAGCUCGUCCACCUUUGAGGAAACAAUGACGCAAAUCGCCCUCCUCGUCGACGCAGGAAUAGAUUUCAUGGAAGUCAGCGGCGGCAGCUACGAAGACCCCCAGAUGAUGGGGUAUGCCAAAUCGGAAACUCCAAAGUCCGAGCGCACCGCUGCGCGCGAGGCAUUCUUUCUUGAAUUCGCCAAGGAAGUGCGCCAGAGACAUCCGGGGCUAGUGCUUAUGUUGACGGGUGGGUUUAGGAGUCGGGCUGGGGCUGAGGCUGCUAUUAGGGAUGGGGCUUGUGAUCUUGUGGGUAUUGGACGGCCUGCGGCGAUUGAUCCCAAGUUUCCGUUGUUGUUGCUUGAUGAGAGUUUGGACGAUGAAAAGGCGGCGCUACCGCUUGAGAAGGUCCCAACGCCCUUUUAUGCGAGGUGGUUGCCGAGGAAUUUGAUUGGGGCGGGUGCUGAGAGUACUUAUUAUGCAGGACAGAUCAGUCGUAUGUCGAGGGGUUUGGCUACUCUUGCUCCGGCUCUUUGA